AUGGCAACAAAGGUCUUUGGCAUAUUUGAUAAAGGCCAAAAAAUCAAGGGGACUGUGGUGUUGAUGCCCAAAAAUGUUUUGGACUUCAACGCUAUAACGUCCGUCGGUAAAGGCGAUGUCUUCGACGCUGCCGGAAAUUUAGUCGGUGGCCUCACCAGCAUUGUUGGCGGAGCUAUUGACACCGCCACCGCCUUCUUAGGCCGUAACGUCUCCAUGCAGUUGAUCAGUGGUACCAAAACCGAUGCAAGUGGAAAGGGACUAGUUGGAAAGGAAACGUUUUUGAGCAAUCAUCUUCCUCGGUUGCCAACUUUGGGAGCAAGACAAGAUGCAUUCAGUAUAUUUUUUGAAUAUGAUGCUAAUUUUGGAAUCCCUGGAGCUUUUUACAUAAGAAACUACACUUCAGCUGAGUUCUUCCUUGUCAGUGUAACUCUUGAAGAUAUUCCAAACCGUGGAUCUGUUCAGUUUGUUUGUAACUCAUGGAUUUACAAUUUCAAAAGUUACAAAAAGGACAGGAUCUUCUUCACCAAUGAUACGUAUCUUCCAAGUCAAACACCAGCUUCUUUAAAGCCAUUUAGAGAAGAAGAGUUGCAGAAUCUAAGAGGAGAUGGAACAGGAGAGCGCAAGGAAUAUGAUAGGAUAUAUGAUUAUGAUGUUUAUAAUGAUCUUGGAAAUCCAGAUGCGGGUGACAAACUUGCUCGUCCGGUUCUUGGAGGGUCUAGCACUUAUCCUUAUCCUCGUAGGGUUAGGAGCGGUAGAAAACCUACCAGAAAAGAUCCUAAGAGUGAGAAACCGGGUGCAAUUUAUGUUCCAAGAGAUGAAAACUUUGGCCACUUGAAAUCAUCAGACUUCCUUAUGUUUGGAAUAAAAUCGUUGUCUCAUGAUGUGUUACCUUUGUUUCAAUCUGUAAUUUUUGACCUUAAUUUUACACCAAAUGAGUUUGAUAGCUUUGAUGAAGUGCGUGGACUUUAUGAAGGUGGAAUUAAACUUCCUACCGACAUAAUUAGCCAAAUUAGUCCUUUACCCGCCCUUAAGGAAAUUUUUCGUACCGAUGGUGAACAAGUACUCAAGUUUCCACCACCUCAUGUAAUCAAAGUAAGUAAGUCUGCAUGGAUGACUGAUGAAGAAUUCGGAAGAGAGAUGGUUGCUGGUGUAAACCCUUGUGUGAUUCGCGGUCUCCAAGAGUUCCCACCAAAAAGCUCACUAGAUGCCACCAUCUAUGGUGAUCAAUCUAGCACAAUAACAAAAGAACACUUAGAAACCAACCUUGGUGGACUCACACUAGAAGAGGCACUCAAUGGAAAGAGAUUAUUCCUCCUAGAUUACCAUGAUGCAUUCAUGCCAUAUUUGGAGAGAAUAAACAUUAGUGCAAAGGCUUAUGCUACUAGAACAAUCUUGUUCUUGAAAGAUGAUGGGACUUUAAAGCCAUUAGCUAUUGAAUUAAGCUUGCCACACUCAAAUGGGAUCCAAUAUGGUGCUGAAAGCAAAGUAUUCUUGCCUGCUGAAGAAGGUGUCGAAAGCACAAUUUGGUUAUUAGCCAAAGCUCAUGUAGUUGUAAAUGACUCAAGCUAUCAUCAACUUAUGAGUCAUUGGUUGAAUACUCAUGCAGUUAUGGAACCAUUCAUCAUAGCAACAAAUAGACAUCUGAGUGUGCUUCACCCGAUUAACAAACUUUUAUAUCCUCACUACCGUGAUACAAUAAACAUCAAUGGACUUGCUCGACAAUCUCUAAUCAAUGCAGGUGGAAUCAUAGAGCAAUCAUUUUUGCCGGGACCAAAUUCCAUUGAAAUUUCUUCAGCGGUUUACAAGAAUUGGGUUUUCACUGAUCAAGCAUUACCAGCUGAUCUUAUCAAGAGAGGAUUAGCUGUGGAGGAUCCUUCUUCUCCACACGGCCUUCGUCUCGUGAUAGAGGAUUACCCUUAUGCUGUUGAUGGAUUAGAGAUUUGGGAUGCUAUUAAAUCAUGGGUCCAAGAGUAUGUCUCGUUAUAUUAUCCAACUGAUGACACCGUUCAAAAAGACACUGAGUUACAAACUUGGUGGAAAGAAGCUGUAGAAAAGGGUCACGGUGACUUGAAAGACAAGCCAUGGUGGCCUAAGAUGCAAACUCUUCAAGACUUGGUUCAAUCUUGCUCCAUUAUCGUAUGGACUGCUUCUGCUCUUCACGCAGCUGUUAACUUCGGACAAUAUCCUUACGGAGGAUACAUCCUUAACCGUCCAACGCUUAGUAGAAGAUUCAUCCCCGAGAAAGGAACUCCAGAAUACGACGAGAUGGUGAAAAAUCCGCAAAAGGCAUAUUUGAGAACAAUUACUCCAAAGUAUCAGACUCUUGUUGAUCUUUCUGUGAUUGAGAUAUUGUCAAGACAUGCUUCCGAUGAGGUGUAUCUCGGCGAGAGGGAUAACAAGUAUUGGACAUCUGAUUCAAGAGCAGUACAAGCCUUCACAAAAUUUGGAACAAAACUAACUGAAAUUGAAGGGAAAAUCCAUAGCAGGAACAAUGAGCCUAGUUUGAGAAACCGCUACGGGCCAGUGCAGCUGCCCUAUAGUUUGCUGCUUCGUUCAAGUGAAGAAGGUUUAACUUUCAGAGGAAUUCCCAACAGUGUCUCUAUUUAA